ACUUCAUAUCAAUCCGCAGCAGGGUCCUUUUUUGUACCUGGCUAGCUGGGUUAGCUUGUUUUUCCCCCUUUCUAAACAUGGCGCGUCUCACUUGUCCUCGCCGUUGUAGCACGAUAUACACUUUUAAGUCAUUAGUUAGCGAGCGUUAGCUGAUAGCUCAGCCAGGCGGCUGUGCUCCGGGUUAACCUUAGAGUAGGUUCGCGAGCUAACGCCAAUGUGGCGUUAACCUUGUAGGCAAGCUAAUGUGUCAUUUUAUGGAAUAUCAAGUCUUACUCCCGCGGAACUAGUCUUUCCGCGUUAAGACUAACGUUGCUAUAGCAAAUGAUAUAGUGUUAGUCGGCUAAUGAUGCUUUUAUUACACUUUUAUUUCCCUUUGCCGCCACAAUCGGCCGGCAGCUAACACCAAGCUAACGGCUAUCAUCGUGGUUGCCCCCCUGUCCCUCUACGAUGUCCCAGUGUGUGCAGCAUCAGUGAACGUGAUGGCAGCCCAGUCACUUUCCAUGGACCAGUACCCGAAGGGAGAGCAGCAGAUGCAAGGUGUGGUAAAGGUAGACGGCGAGCAGAAGUUUAUUGAGGGGACGUUGGCAGAGGCUCCCAGUCCGAUACCCACAGAGCCACAGACACCCAUGGACGCGGACAAAGCCUCCAUAUAUCGGCAUCCUCUGUUCCCUCUCCUGGCCCUGCUGUUUGAGAAAUGUGAACAGUCCACCCUGAGCUCUGAUUGCAUCACAUCGGCCAGCUUCGACGUGGACAUUGAGAACUUUGUACGCAGUCAGGAAAAGGAAGGCAAACCCUUCUUCAGUGAGGACCCUGAACUUGACAACUUGAUGGUGAAAGCCAUCCAGGUGCUGCGGAUCCACCUGCUGGAGCUGGAAAAGGUGAGUGACCUAUGUAAGGACUUCUGCAGCCGCUACAUCGCCUGCCUCAAGACUAAGAUGAACAGCGAGACUUUGCUGAGUGGAGAUCCAGGGAGCCCGUACUCCCCCGUACAAGGCCAGGUCCAGGGCUUCUCUCCCACCAAGACUCCGGUAUGGACUACCCCAAGCUCUAUUUCGGGGACCAUCAGUCCUCAGGGUCAAAUUGUGGUGCCAGCGUCAGCUCUGCAGCAAGGGAACGUUACCGUAACAGCAGUCAACCCCAACCAGGUUGUCGCAGGUAUGUCACCAUGGCAUACGACCCCUCCCUCAGGCGGUACGGUGUAUCAGCCUGUCACAGUGGUCACUCCUCAGGGCCAGGUGGUAACACAGGCUCUGUCUCCCGGGACCAUACGUGUCCAAAACAAUCAGCUACAGCUGCAGUUCCACCAGGACCUUUUUAAUCACGACGACAACUCAACCAAGAACAAACGUGGCGUUCUACCCAAACAAGCUACUAAUGUCAUGCGCUCGUGGCUCUUCCAGCACAUUGGGCAUCCGUAUCCGACAGAGGAUGAAAAGAAACAGAUUGCCACUCAGACAAACCUGACACUUCUGCAAGUCAACAACUGGUUUAUAAAUGCACGGAGGCGGAUCCUGCAGCCCAUGUUGGACGCCAGCUCCUCCGAGACACCAAAAGCCAAGAAGAAGACGCCACAAAACCGGCCACUGCAGCGCUUCUGGCCUGACUCCAUCGCCACUGGUGGAGGCACCCAGCAACAAGUGACCAUGCCUGAUGGCACAAUGGUGACUAUGAACAUGGAGGGUCUGCAGAGCCUGACGUCAGACGGCGCCACACUGGCGGUACAGCAGGUGAUGCUGGGAGGUCACAGUGAGGACGAGUCGGGGGACAGUGGAGAUGAGGACGAUGACACAGACAUGGCCGGGCUGGGCCUGGACAACAGCGACUCAUUGCAGUAGAGGACAGACUCCCUCACACACCGGUCCACACAACAGACAUGCAUAAAUAGGUCAACAGGUUAUGUGUGUGUUCUCAAACACACUGGAUUAUAGUACACACACAUUAGGUUCACAUAGAGCACAAAACUCUAGGCCAAAAAGGUCCUGCACUCUUCCAAACCUCCACCCUGCUGACCGGUGGUUGAUGCUGCGUGUGUCUACAUCAGGAGUUUCAUUUCAGAAACUGUUUUUUAGAUAUUUAGUUGAUGUAUGCGAGUGCACUUUUUUGUAUAUUUAAGCUCAACAAGAUUAAAUCAAACAAACGGAAGAUAAAAAAGUGUUUAACACUUUAAGCAAGUUUGUACAAUCUGUUAAUAAUGACUGAUUCGAUUUUUUUUUUUUUUUUCUCGGCCCUGUCCCCUUCCCAAUUGAAUUCUCGUUUUGGAUGCCAACAGUGUCAAGUUGUAUCUGUAAGGGUUUGUCGUUUUGCAUGCUUGUGAUUUCAGUAGAUGUGCACACUUUUGCGACUGACUCCAUGCCGCUCACACGUGCCCUGCAGGCCACGCAGAGCCCGUGUGAGGGAUUGAGAGGAAAAAAGGAGAUGCUUAUUUUUAUAUUCAAGUGUAUUAGUGUGUUUUUGUUUCAUUUCUGUGUUCUCCUGUUUUGUAAGGAAUAUUUAUGUACAGAUUCAUAAUUAAAGCUAGCAACCCUGUUUUCCAGGGUUCUUUGAAGUUUUCUAAAAAACAGAUAAAGGAAUUUAAUGCUGAUGAGAAUUGCUAUUUCAAUUGGCCUUCAUAUGUAUUCUUUUUUUAAUCAUUCUUGCCAAGAAGCACAAAUAAGUCUGACACUUUUUGAAAUUGGUCAAAAGGACACUAAACUACUGCAACAUGGCAGUAACUUGACUGCAGUGAAGUUAUCUUUAAAUAGAGCUCCAUAGCGUAUACAAUGCAUCUCUUUUAAUCAUUUGACAGUAACGGCGUACUUCUAAAAUGCACAAUCCAGAACACUAUGCUAACCACACAAUCACAAGGGUCUGAGUAACCAGCAACAAGGAGUAGUGGACUUGUUGCACGUGUCCAGCGUAUUUAUGUACACGUGCUUUACUUUGUUAAAGGGCAGUUCAAGUUCCCUGUUUAUUGCCUGCCUGAAGGACGGAUUGCAGUCUCUGGUCCCCUGCACUACAUACACGUGUAGGUAAUUAUUGAAAUGUCUAUCAAUAUGUUAUUGCUUCACAAAAUUGGGGUGCCUCUUGUUUGAAUAUCUGUAAUAUUGUAUUUUACAAAAAGUGUCUGUCAAUAGGAUUUGAAUUACUAUUGUGUAAGGUUGAAAUGGUUCAUUUCAUGCAGUGACUGGAUGGGCCCUCGCAGAGCUCUUCACUCCCCACUUGCGGAUGAAGCAUUGUUAACUUUUCUUAUGUCUCUUUUGCCUUUAGAGCUUUCUAUUUUGGAAUAAACGAUGCCUAACUCUC